CGCCGCUCACAGCUAGACAAGUGAAAAUUGAUUCUGAAUUUUAUGAGUUUUAUUGAAAUUUAUGCCCUAACUAUUUCGCCUCUUCUUUUGCCUAUUUUAUAAUUUCUCCUACGCUCUAACCAUACCCUGCGCAACAACACGUGCCAGCUACAUCGGUUGUACACGGAACCCCGCUACGUGCUCUGAACUCCAUCCGGUGUGCUCAACUGCCCUUCGUCUUACCCGACACCUUAUCUUGCUUCCUCAGUUUGAGCAGCCAUACAAUACUAAUUCGGAAUACGAAUUUCACAGCGUCCUCUCUCAUUAAACAGGGACAGUAAAACACGAAAAUUCUCUUCUAGACUGUGUUUCUCGUCUACCAAUAGCAUAAGCUUGUAAUAUACUGGCGUUUGCUCAACGCACGUUCAUUCGGUGUGCUAUCAGAACUUGGGAGCUACCCCUCGCGACGAAGUUUUCCCAGCCUUAGAGAAAUACAAAGAGAGAGAGACAACGAUUCAAAAUGGAUACACUACUAACCGCGGAGAUCGCAGCGAAUGCCCCGCGCUACCGUCGAAAGAGCUCGACCUUUAUUGAUGGCAUUCAUGAUGUGACUGAUGGACAGGCUAUGGCGCCUGCGCAGCUAUAUUCCACCAUGUCUGGCCGCCUUUUCCAUUCUGGAAGAAUAGCUAUUGCCAUGGUUGGCCCACCUGCUCGCGGCAAAACUCAUAUUUGCGUUUCUCUUGCUCGCUAUCUUCAGUGGCUCGGUGUCAAGACUCGCAUUUUUCACCUCGGAGACUAUCGUCGCGCCACUAUUGGACCAGAAAGUGCUGUUCCAGAGGACUAUUUCUUCCAGGAUGCCUCGCCUUCAUCAGUCAUUCUCCGACAAAAGAUUCUGAAGAAAUGCCGCGAAGACAUCUAUGCGUGGUUAAACCAUGAGAAUGGCCAAGUCGCUAUUUAUGAUGCCGUCAACCCCAGCGCUAGUGGGAGAAGAUCAUUGGCAAAGGAGUUUGCCAAACACGACGUUCAGACCCUAUUCAUCGAAUCAUUCGUAGACAAUGAGCGAAUUCUUCAAGAAAAUGCCCGGAAUGUCAAGAUUUCUUCCCCAGAUUUUGCUGGCAUGGACCCUGAUGAAGCUGCAAAAUUGUAUCUCAAGCGUAUUGAAGUACGGAUUCCUUCUUUUGAGACCAUGGAAGAGCCCGAACUCAACUACAUCAAAAUGAUCAACGCCGGCGAAAAGUUCUUUUACAACAACGUCAGCUUCAACUACCUCUCCCACCGAAUUGUCUUUUACCUCACCAAUCUUCACAUCAAGGCCCGCACGACGUACUUUGUCCGAGCUGGCAUCACUACCGAUGAAGAUUCUCUUAGAGCUGAUGCACCUCUUUCAGAGAGCGGGAAAACAUAUGCUCAGAAGAUGGCUGAUACUCUAUUGAAACAUCGUGAGCAAGAACAUCGUGAACUAGUCGAAAAGACUGGCUCUCAGGAAGCGUUGCGACCUCUGUCAGUCUGGACAUCAACACGUUUGCGCACCAUUCAGACAGCCGAUGUCUUGAAAGAAAAGGGUUACAAGGUCAAACAGCGAUCACAAAUGAGCCAACUGAAUCCCGGCAUCUGCGAAAGAAUGUCUGAGCGAGUCAUUCGACAACUCUACCCCGAUGAGGUAGAAAAGCACGAGUUGGACCCAUACCAUCAUCGGUACCCCCGUGCGGAAUCUUAUCACGAUCUUGCGGUUCGUUUGGAGCCCAUUAUUCUUGAGCUUGAGCGCGAACAAAGCGAUCUCUUGAUCAUUGCUCAUGAGUCUGUUCUUCGCGUCUUAUACGCAUAUCUCAUGCACUGCUCUACUACCGAGAUCCCAGCCCUCAGCUUCCCGCGUGAUGAGAUCAUAGAAAUCAUCCCUGCUGCAUAUCAAAACGAGGCGAAACGCAUCCAUAUUCCUGGACUUGACCCUGUUCUGCCAAACUCGCCGGAUGGUAUGAAACUGCUUGCAGCUGGAGGUAGUCUGCCUCAGAGUGGUGCUGCAGCAAGCCGACCAGAGAGCUUGCCUGCUAGUGGGCAGCUGACUCCGUUGGCAGGGGCUUUGUUGGAUUCUGAGAGGCCGCCUGAACGAGUGGUGAACCUGGCAAAAGAGAUGGUAGCUGACAAGGUGGAUGAUGAAGAUUGAUAGAAUAGCGUGUCAGUCAUGAUUAUAGACUGCAUAACUUGAUAUAGAUAUGCAUAGAACACAUUUGGCAUGAUAAUUUCAAUACCCUGGCUCUGUUCAUUUCGAUCAUAAUAGUGAAGUUCUGGUCAAACCCAUGGACAACGGCAACAACAAAGCGAACUGGUCGCAGCAUCCACUGUCCACGUCAUGCACGGACCCGUGCUACACCUCGUGCCAUUCAUGCAUUUGGACGGGAACAGAAAUAGGGGCGUUGGUGGCGUGACCAAUUAUACUUAGAUUGGCGAGGCACCGUUGUUGGCUGUCUCAUGUGCGACGUGAUGGCCCUGCUAGGAUAGCCAGGUACGCUUCUGUAGUCCGUUGAGUUUGCCCGAUUGUGGCACAUGGCUGAAGAACAGAUAUUGAACAUUGAAAUACACUAUUCCCAGGCUCAAUAUCCGUGGGCAAAAGCAACUUGCAUCUGACUUUCUGCGCCAAUUCACGCCAGAGCCUCGUUU